AUGUCUGGCGUAUCUGAGCCUGGUGUGCCUUUGAAUAGAUCAUAUGGUCAUCACUCAAAUUCAGCUUCCUCUACCAGCAAUAACACGACAGAAACAGAAUGCCAAGCAGUCACGGACCCCAGAGCUAUAAAGCGGUUGCAGAAUAGGGUAGCUCAACGAAGCUAUCGGCGCCGCGUGAAAUUACGUCUUGCAGAGCUUCAAGAAAGGAUUGCUAGAUAUGAAGGUACAGCCCAAGUGAUGGAAGGCGAAGUGUUACCCAACACUACCGCCGUCGUGUCUAUGCCGGACCCGGAACCUAUGAAUCAUAUGGAAGCUGGACGUUUGACUUCACAAACAUCGUUUGGAAUGGCUAAACUCGAACGAACCGCAAUCACUCAAGAGACAGCCAGCUUCUCACCGGCUGGAGAGAGAGGAAAGACUCCAAACAGCAAUAACUCCAUAAUCUCGCAUGGAUCGAGCCUCACAAACUGCCCCAUCUCUGGAUAUCAAAUCUCAAGUUCUGGUUCAGACCACUUUGAAGAAAGUCGUAGUCAAAACGAAACAGGCCGCCUGGACCAGAGCGAUAACUUGCACUACUUUAACGAGGCUCAAGAGGCUGGCCGUGGUCAGCAUCGAGGGCAAAUUGUUGACAGUAGCACAAAGAAAAGGAAACGAAAUCAUGAUACAGACCACUACCAGCAUGUUCCAAGUCCGAACUUGUGUUCAAGUCCUUCGCAGGCCCUUUCUGCUUCACUGGCUACUCCCAUUGCCGCCACACAUCCUUUCCCCACCCAGGAACUUGGUGGAGGGCUGGACUUUAGCUUCUUAAUGGCAAAUACAGAGGGUUGGAAAUCGUGCUCCUGCGACAAAAGCAUUGAGAACAGUUCAAAGUCGCCGCCAGACGUCUCUAUUUUGUCUAAAGUCCAAUCAGCCGCCUCCAAUCUGCCAAGUUGUGCGUCGUCGUCAAACCAUCCCAAUACGGACUCUCAAGUCCUGUCGUCGAUUGAUUUAUCGCUGAAUAAGAGAUUCCAAAGCAUCAUGGAAUGUGUCGGAGCAAUGGGAUUUGAGAGUUUUGACGAACUAGUAACUUCAUACUACGUCGACGAAUUUGAAGAGGCGUCGCAACUUUUCCAUGAGCAACGCUUCAGCCGGCACAGAAGGCUUCCUGUGGUGUUUGCAGACAUCUUGGAGGGUGCAAGACGAUGGAAGCCUUCAGAACGCCGAGGACUUGGUGAGGAAGUAAUUAAAGAGGCCGAAGCCGUCCUUAUCGCUGAAAUCAGCCAGGCUUGGAAAGCCCUGCAACCGCUUACGGACACUGAUGCGUUUGAGCAAGACUGUCAGCAAACGCCUCAGAAUACUACAACGCACGCGGAUCGUUUGCGUCAGCAUCUUAGAACAGUGAUAUCUACUGAAAUGCCAAUUCUCUGGACCUUGCUAAUGGCUCUUAUAGCAUCUGAUGGUCCUGCAUGGCAACGAGACUGCUCCGGGACCGCGCUCGCGAUUAUUGCGUUAUUGCAUUUGGCCGGUCGCCUGCCCAAAGAGACUUUGCUGGAGCUAAUAGGAGCUUGUCUCUGA